AUGGCAAAGGAAGUCCGAGGCAGGGUUGAACGCCUGUCCAAAGACUGUACUCCCAGGGCUUCGGAGGAGGCAACUCCUCAGAGGCCAGAGAAGCCGAAGGAGCCUCGGGGCAAGGAGAAAGUCCCCGAGGAGACUAAAAAGAGGAAGCUGGUACACAUCUCCAGUUCAGCUGGAAAGUUUGGGACCUCAGUGUCCCAUAGGGCCGAAAAGACUGGCGAGCCAAAGCUUCUUGUUGCAGCCUCCAAAGCCAUCAAAAUGGAGAUGGUUAGAGAGGUAGAGGCUAAAGAGGAUAGAGCAGAGGCCGCAAGGCGAGCUGCAGAAGCUGCCGAGGAGGAGGCAGUAAAGGAGAAGCCGGUGCGGGAGAAGGGGAAGUCUCCGAGCUUCCUAGCUGGGAGGGAGGAGGCACUGGCCCCAGCCUUGGUGAAGGCACUCCCUGAAGAAAUCAGAAGUGCCACCGAGAGCUUUUACAAGUUCUGGACGGAGAGGUGGCAGCUACAUGCCUCCUCUUGCGAUGCCACCGACUUGACAAAGGCAUUGGUGAGCCAGAGCGUCCGGACCUUUGGCCUCGCGCUCGAAUGCAGGGAGGCCUUGAGCGAAUUUCAGACAAGGACCCAGGCCUCGGAGGGGAAGACUGCCUCCCUCGCAGAGGAGGUGAAAGCUGCUAAGGCCAAGGCCGAAGAAGCCAAGGCCCAGAGAGUUGAAGAGGCGGCGAAGCUUGAGUCUGCUCUGGCCCAGAUUGAGGCCUUAAAGAAGGAAGUGUAUGAGUCACAGUGUGAAGUGGCCUCCUUGACAAAGAAGGUGGAGGCGAAUCUCUCCUUGGCCGGUGCUCAAGAUGCUUAUCAGUUUCUCGAAGGCCAGGCGAAGUGGUACAUGAACGACGCCUCUGUUGCAAAAGAAGAGGCCCGAACUGCAAGGGAGGAGGCGGUGAAGGAAUACAUCGCCAAUUUCCACACUACAGAGGAGUAUAAGAGCUUCAGUUCGUACUGGAGGAACUUCGCCUAUGCCGAAGUGUUGGAGCGGGCAGAGGAGCUGUAUCCCAAUUUGGACCUGGCUCACCUUAGGUCCGAAUUUGUGGAUGAGGUACCUCAGACCCCAGCUGAGGAGGUCCAGGGUGAGGAAGAAGUUGAUGUCGAAGCCCCAAGUGCUGAGGUAGAGGAAGCAACUACUGAUGCCCAAGUUGCUGAAGUCCCAAGUGCUGAGGCGCCUCCGUCAUCUAGCCAGGCAUAG